GAAAAACAAACCUCUAUGCGGCCAGUACCUAUUUCAUGCUGCAAGGAGGCUGAAUACUUUUUGCUCUGUGCAUUAAAAAGUUAUUUGACGUGCAUUUGAAUUUUAAAAAUAGAACUGUCAUUUUGUGUAUUUUGUGAGUCCUAGUUUUAGUUUUAAUAAAAACAGUUUACGCACAUGCAGUGGAUUUAUUAUCAUAGACAAAAUGCGGCUCACAAUACACAUGAAGGCUGCAGCAAUACUCCUCAUAUUUCACAUCACAGCAACAAGAACAGCUAAAAACAAUGCUCCAUCGGUCCACGAGAUCAUCAACGAACAAGCCAGGAUAGAUGACAAAAGGCCACUAUACGGGAACCCACUAGCAGGUAACUCUCAACAAAAUGCCAAACUACAUGCUCAACAUCAACAAGCAAUGUUCAAUGCAGAAAGAGUGAGACAGCAUAGAGCUCAAAUACAAAGAUGGAAUGCACAACCACAGCAGGGAGACAGCUACAUGAGAGCUUAUCACGAAUCUCAAGAAAACCAUCAAUUAGCCUUAGAACAGAUGCAAGCCACGCAAAGAGAGAAAAAACCUAAGCAAAGACAGGAAAGAACACGUCUAAGAAAUAGACCGUCACUAGACCCAGUGAAGUUAACUAGAGCUGAUGCCGUAGAUAAAAAUAGAAAUAACAGAUCUUACGGCUCAGUCUACUAUAAUAACAUACAACCGAAACACAAAAUAAAUACUUCACCAGGAACUACAUACGAUCAAGGAGUUACUAUCAAACCUAAUGGCAAUAUAGGAUUGAAUAAUCUGGAAAAAGAACAGACAGGUCUAUACACAGAAGUGUCUCCAAGUAAAACUCAGUACGUUUACCCAAAAUUGUACCAUCAAAUGCAUUCAUAUCAAUCUGCUGAUGACAUAAGCGCUUUAAACAAUCUCCUCGCUAAAACACCACAAGAACAAGUAUCAGAACUAAAUACUUUAACUCAUGUGAACCAAGAAUAUGGUAAAGAAAAUCUUGAAACUCCUAUUGAUUUAUACUUUUACCUAAAUAACCCAAAUGGACUGAAUAUAGGCAAUGAAAACAAAAUUAAAUAUAAUGUUGAUAACGGAUAUGCAGGACCUUACGCAACCGAAUAUAUAAACUAUAGUGAUCAUAAGCCAAUCACAGAAGAAGUAGAUGAUAUAGAAGAAGAUAAAGUUCCUAAUUUAAAACUACAACCUAUUGCUCAAACACCAACAGUCAUGCCACAUGUGUUUGAAGAUCCAACGACAACGAAAAGUAAUUAUUACAAAAUAGAAGUGGAACAAACUGUUAGUGGAAAAGGGCUUGAAUUUCCCGUCCAACACAAGCCUAGUUAUGCUGCAGUGAAGUAUGAGAAACCUUUGAACAUUUACCACCAAGAAGCUCAUACGGAAGGUAUCAAAUAUCUUCAAGCACAACAGUCCGGAGUUCAGCAUUUGUCUCAAGAUGGAACUGGGGUAUCAGCAUACGGUGCCGAUGAUAUCCAGUACGCAGCGAACUACGAAUUCGGUUAUCGAGUUCGUGAUCACGAAACUGGAAAUGAUUUCGGCCACCAAGAGGCGAAAUCUGGAGACAAAACCCAUGGUUCCUACCACGUACUUCUACCUGAUGGUAGACUGCAGCAGGUCAAGUACUCCGCUGGUCCCGAUGGCUUCCACGCUGACAUUUCCUAUGAUCAUCUACAAAGCAACGUUUAGUUUAUCUUGCGAUAAAUAAAUCUGUGGCUAUAUUUUCGCGGGAAUUUAACCACCAGCACAUCAAGGUAUCACUAUUCUUCAACAUAUUUUCAACUUUAGAACUUAUUGCAUAGAGUUGAAAAUGUAUUAAAGAAUAGUGAUAGGUAGAUGUGCUGGGUGUAGACAAAGAUGGAAGUGUCAUGGCUGACCAAUCACAAAUGUUUAUUUGGACAGUUCUAAUUUCAAAAUUUAAAAGUUGAUCAUGACAUGGUAUCAUAAUGUUCAGCCUGUAUUUAUAGAAAAGUGAUGUUCUUUUUUUUAAAUUGAUUCAGUACUUUCAGAGGGCAAUGGUGCUUGUUUAUUCUCUCUGAAAUCGUUAAAUUAUUUUUUUUAAUUUUUAUUUAUAGUGAUACAAUCUCAUAAUUUAAAACUAGCGACAAGUCAUGCAAUAUUAUCAAUGUAAAAAUAGGGUUAAAAGUUGUAAAUAUUCCAACUAAUAUUAUUUAUUAAGUUAUUUAAUUAUAAAACGAACUUUUGUACAUAAACAAACUAAUAAUACUUAGUGUAA